CUUGUUCUGCUGCUUCCUAGCUAUGUUAGUUUGGGCAAGUCACUUAAUGUUCUGGUUUUCUCAUCAGUAAAACUAAAAUAAAAAUACCUAGCUCAUAGGACAAUUUAUGUAUUUAUUCAUUAGUCAUUAGACAGUUGUUGAAUGCCUACUGUAUGCCAGAUGUUUUGACUGGCCCUGGGAAUGCAGAAAGGAUCAAGAAAGGCAGAUUCCUAUUGUUAUGAAACUUAUAUACUAGUUGAGAAAACAGAUACCAUAGAAAUAAUAGCCUUUGUGGAAAAUACACAAAAUGGGUGUAUAGUACAUUGUUUUAUGUUAUGAGGAGCACAUGAUCUAACAUAUAUAAAGAGCAUAGCAUAAUCUGCACACAGGUGGUACUCAGAAGAUGUGAAUGUCAUCUACCAUUGCCAGUUAGGUGUUUAUUGAGCAUCUUCUGCAUAGGAGUGGAAUGUGUAUGAGCAGGCACUAUGGGUUGUUUUUCCAUUUUUCCCAGUAUUGAUUAUAUUUACAUUCAUUUUACAAGCAUGUGUAUGUGUCAGGGUUGUACAAGGCUCUGGAUCAGUGUUAAUCCAGUAUAAUUAGAGUGAAGAGUGUAGAGAAUAAUACAGGAAGUGGCUGUAAAGUUAAAUUGGAGCAGACUGAGACUGCCUUUACUACCUUAUAAAGGUGUUAAUUAAUUGCAUUCUUUUACACACUAGGCUAGGGAAAUGCAAAGAUGAUUGAGGUUGAAGCUUGCACUUCAAAUUGUGGAAUCACAUAAAUGUGAUUCACAUUAUGUGCACAUAAAUGAUCACUUUUUUUUCUUCCUUACUAAUUUGGAUGCUUUUUCUCUAUUUUUCUUGCCUGAUUGUUACUGCUAGGACUUCCAGUACUGUGUUGAAUAAAAGUAGUGAGAGUGGGCAUCUUUGUUUUGUUCCUGAUCUCAGAGGAAAAACUCUGUUUUUCACCCAUUGAUAUGAUGUUAGCUGUGGGUUUUUCAUAUAUGGUCUUUACUAUGUUGAGGUGUGUUCUCUUUACACCUACUUUGUUGAGUUUUUAAUGAAUGGAUGUUGUAUUUUGUCAAAUGCUUUUUCGGCAUCUAUCAAUAUGAUCUUAUGUUUUUUAUCCUUUCUUUUGUUAAUGUGAUGUAUCAUGUUGAUUGAUUUGAGAAUAUUGAACCACCCUUGGAUCCCUGGAGUAAAUCCCAUUUGAUGAUGGUGAAAGAUUUUUUUAAUGUAUUGUUGCAUUCAGUUUGGUAAUAUUUUGUUAAGUUUUGCAUCUAUGUUCAUCAGAGAUACUGGCCUGUAGUUUAAAAAAAAUUUUUUUUUAAUGUUUAUUUUUGAGACAGAGAGAGACAGAGCAUGAACGGGGGAGGGUCAGAGAGAGGGAGACACAGAAUCCGAAGCAGGCUUCAGGCUCUGAGCUAUCAGCACAGAGCCUGACGUGGGGCUUGAACCCACAGACCGUGAGAUCAUGACCUGAGCCAAGGUCGGAUGCUCAACCCACUGAGCCACCCAGGCGCCCCCUGGCCUCUAGUUGUAUUUUGUAGUGUCUUUAUCUGGUUUUGGUAUCUGGGUAAUGCUGGACUCAUAGAAUGAAUUUGGAAGCUUUCCUUCCUCUUCUAUUUUUUGGAACAGUUUGAGAAGGAUAGGUACUAACUCUUCUUUAAAUGUUUGGUAGAAUUCACCUAUGAAGCCAUCUGAUCCUGGACUUUAGUUUGUUGGGAGUUUUUUGAUUACUGAUUCAAUUUCAUUGCUAGUAAUUGGCCUGUUCAAAUUUUCUAUUUCUUCUUUAUUUAGCUUUGGUAUGUUAUAUAUUCUUAGGAAUAUAUCCAUUCCUUCAAGUUUGUCCAAUUUGUUGGCAUAUAAUUUUUCAGAAUACUUAAUCCUUUGUAUUUCUGUGGUGUCAGUUAUUUCUCCCCUAUCGUUUCUGAUUUUAUUUAAAUUCUCUCUUUUCCUCUCUUUUUGAGGAGUCUGGCUAAAGAUUUAUCAAUCUUGUUGAUCUUUUCAAAGAACCAGCUUCUGGUUUCAUUGAUCUGUUUUAUUGGUUUUAGUCUCUAUUUCAUUUAUUUCUGCCCUAAUCUUUAUUAUUUCUGGAAAGUUGAGAUUUUUUUCCCCCCUGAACUUCAGGGUUCUUUCCCUGUGUUGUCCCCUGAGAGGCUUUUAUUGAUGGGGACAACCUGCCAUCAGACCAGAUAUCUGCUCCCAGUCUGUUAGGGUUGCAGUGUCCCUGAACCACAGGGCUCUCUUUUUGUGCUGCCCUGCAUGAAGUUUUUGUUUGUGGGUAGGGCCAGCAGUCAGAUCAGAUGUCUGCCCCAGCCUACUGUUCAGGGGCUGCAGUUGACCUGGUGUCUGUGGUUAUCUUCCCUUCUCCCAGGGCAGGAGUCACUUUGGAGUAGUGUUGGCCACUGUCAGGGCUGCUUGCUCAAUGAGACAUCAGAUGCCUUGGAGGGACUCUUGCUGAGCGAGGCAGUUAAGAUGGGGUGGAUCCACAGGAGAAUGUGGGGGCAAGAGCAUGGCCGUAGUGUUAGCAAGCUAGGUAGCAAGUGUUCAUCCUGGCUCCCACAGGUGUCUGGGUAUCUAGGUUGGCAGGGAGGGGAAGAGAAAUGGUGGCCACUAGCUCUUUUCUUCUUGGACAAGUCUCCUAACGAUCCCUGCUCGCCCUUCCAGUGCGUGCUCAGAUUAGUAAAUAAAUCCUUCCCAUAUACCCCAGGCACUUUUCAAACCACUGCUUCUAGGUGGAAUUGUUUGUUAUGCUGUCUCUCUAAGGGCAGGGACUCAGUGUUCUUAGUGAUAAUCCCCACUGAUUGCCCCUUCUGUUUUUGGUUAGUCCUGCAGGUUAGUUUGGUUACCAAAUGGGUUCUGCCCUUCUAUCAUUUUUUUCUGGACAAUUAAUUGUGGAGAGUUUGGUUUGUUUCCUGCGUUAAUUACCCUGAUGUAUAAAUAAUCACUUCCUGAAGCAAGUUGUGAAAUGGAUGGAGGAAUGUGUAGUGGGAAAAUACUGAACUCAGAGUUAAGUAUAGAGGAAAUUGAAAGACUUUCUGAGCAGUUAGAAGAAAAAGAGCAGGAGAAGCAGCAGCUGAUGAGCCAGCCGGAGCAUGAGCGAGAGAAGGAAGUUGCCCUGCUGCGGCAGAGCGUGGCAGAGAAGGAACGAGCCCGGGCUGCCAGCGACAUUCUGUGCCGCUCCUUGGCCGAUGAGACCCAUCAGCUGCGGAGGACUCUGGCCGCCACUGCCCACAUGUGCCAGCAUCUGGCCAAGUGUCUGGAUGAACGACAGCGCACACAGGGGGACUCGAGGGAGAAAAGUCCUGAGCCAGAGCGUACAGGCGGGGACACCUGUGUCCGGGAUGUUAUCGAGAAGUUACAGGAAGAAAAUCGACUGUUGAGACAGAAGGUGACCCAUGUAGAAGACCUUAACGCCAAGUGGCAGCGCUACGAUGCCAGCAGGGACGAGUAUGUGAGGGGGCUCCACGCGCAGCUUCAGGGGCUACAGGCCCCCCGUGAGCCCGAGAGACCCUCCCCUCCUGAGCUGAUGAGGAAGGAGAUCUCCAGGCUCAACAGGCAGCUGGAGGAGAAGAUAAAUGACUGUGUGGAAGCGAAGGAGGAGCUGACGGCUGUGAGGAGGGCCCGCGAUGCGGCACUGGAGCGGGUGCAGAUGCUGGAGCAGCAGAUUCUUGCUUACAAGGAUGAUUUCACCUCGGAAAGGGCCGAUCGAGAGCGUGCUCAGGGGAGGAUUCAAGAGCUGGAGGAGCAGGUGGCCGCCUUGCGGCACCAGGCGUCCCGGAGGCAGGACUGCCGAGAGCGGGGCUCCUGCCGGACGCACACGGGGAGCAAAACCCCCAAGUACUUAGAGACCAGUGUCUUGGAGCUUGUGGCACCCAGUGGCCGGAGGGCCGGGACUGGAUCUCAGGGGCCGGACUUCUCCGCAGAGGGCAGGUGUCCUGGAGCAACGACCCGGAGAGGGCAGGGGGAGCUUCAGUGCCCUCACUGCCUGCAGCACUUCGAUGACGAGCAAGGCGAGGAGCUCUUCAGGCACGUGGCUGAGUGCUGCCAGUGAGGCCCUGAGGCUGGAGCUACCUGUGACCCUGUGGCUUCUGAGGGGGCUCGGCCCUGGGCGGGGGCGAGAUCCCCUGAGACCCAGGACCCAGCACAGAUUAAGGGGGUUUCUGAUCCUUCACCUUGGUCAUCCUUGGGUGGUGGAACACACCAAGUUGGAGGGAACUUCUCGUGGGGCGCCUGCCUCUGGGAGGGCCUGGCUUGGCUUCUGGUAUGGAGUGCGCCCCUCCCUGCCCCCCGCCGGCCGGCUGUCCGGUCAAGACCAGGAGCAGGGGGCGCACGAACGCUCACAGGCAACAUGACAGCCCCAGUCAGCCUGCGCCUGGGCCGCUGCAGCUCGCUGGGAAGAGGUGGCUGCCUGCAGGGACCACGUGUGUGGGCCCCCGGUUCUGUUGAGUCGGGACCAGGUUUGUAGACUGAGCCCUGUGGCAACACAUUGCACACGAGGACUAUUCUCGGCCACCGCAGAGACACGUGUCCUCACAGAAAUGCACUGCAAUAGCAUUUGCCACCUAUCUCAAAGUCAAAAGACAUUUUACAUUUACUUAUUUUUAUAAUAAAUACACUUGCUAUGGUGA